AUGGACUUCUCCGGCGACGUCAAGCAGGCGAUCCCGCGCCCGUCCCCGCUCCUCCAGGGCUGGCGCGAGUUCCGCCGCAGCGGCGCGCCGGUCCGGUUCCUCUGCUUCGAGGGCGGCGCGUGGGCCGACGUCCCCGCCGACGCGUCCCUGGCCCUCCGAGCCGCGUUCCUCGACUCCCGGGUCGUCGCCGAGGCCGCGUGCGGCGGCAGGCCCUUCCUCUUCGACUUCCUCCGGCUCGCGCGCAUCGACGCGGCCACCGCCGAGGAGGUGCCCAUGGGGUGGAUCGACGACCGCGGGGCCUGCUUCUUCCCCGCCCCCCACACCGCCAGGAAGCGCAAACGGUCCCAGCACGAGGACGGCGCGUCCUCGGGCGUCGACGACGAGAGCAGCAGCAGCAGCGACGACACCGUCGACUCCAGCAGCCCCAGCAAGGCGCCCCGCUGGGCCUGGGGCAAGGCGGUCCGGCUGGACGAGGCGGACAAGUUCUACCAGGUGGUCAGGAAGCUCUUCCUCAGCGGGAUCGCGCCCCGCGUCGGCGGCGGCGGCGUGGCGAUCACCGCGGUGCACAAGGUCGCGCAGGGCCCCCGGUCCAGCGCUUUCCAGCAGCAGGGCCAGCUCCUCGCCGCCGCGCGCGGCGCGGGCGGCGGCAAUGCCAAGUUCGCCUGGUACGGCGCGCCGGAGGCGGACGUGGCGGCCGCGGUCGAGCACGGCUUCGGCAGGACCAACAGCCGGGUCCUCGGCCACCGCGCGCACGGCGACGGCGUCCACCUCUCGCCGCCCCAGUCCCCUUACACCAGCGCGAUGCUAGCCAAGGCAGAUGAGAACGGCGAGGCACACAUCGUGCUAUGCCGUGUGCUCAUGGGUCGGCCAGAGACCGUCGCAGCCGGGUCCUCCCAGUUCCACCCCAGCAGCGACGACUACGACAGCGCCGUCGACAACAUGCAGAAUCCAAAGUGGUACGUCGUGUGGAGCACGGACAUGAACACGAGGAUCCUCCCGGAGUACGUCGUCAGCUUCAAGUGCCCCAGCCUGCAACAGGCUCAAGGAACAUCGGAAGCGACCUCGGAGCUGAGGAAGCCUUCACCGGCGUCUCGUGACAUGUUCCCGACCCUUCUAGCGGAGAUUCAGCGGUUCGUGCCGGCUUCCAAGCUGCAGACAUUGCAGGGGACUUACAAUCUCUUCAAGAAAGGACAUAUCAAGAAGGACCAGUUCAUUCGAUUCUUGCGUGCCUUCAUCGGUGACCGGGUGUUGACAACAGUGGCCAAGAAGCUCCGAGGAUAUUGAUGGAUGAUAGUGCAAUGGUGUUCCUUUUCAGCUGUUUUGUUCUCGUCGCAGUUGGGUGCUGGUGGUAGCUCGUUCGGCUGACUCCAUAGAACAGAGGAGUGUGCGUGUGUUGAAGUACCAAACAAAGGGAGAGUUCUCCAUUUCUUGUGUCGCUGUAGUUUAGCCAGGAAUCGCUGUCGGUGUCAAGAACAUAGAGGGGUUAUCGUGAUCUGGAGAUUAUAUUUAACAGACACAAAGUUAGAUCUUAAUUCUUGGUUUCUCAGAUAUUUUUUACUUAGCAUCUUGCAACUUGCAAUCUGUACAGACUGAAAAUUCCAUCAAUUUAUACCUGAAAGCAUCAUUGAUUCAUCGAGCCAA